AUGCAAGAUGGGCUCAGAAACUUUUUCCCCCAGGCCCAGGGUGCCUUUGCAGCUGGGCUGGGGCAGCAGCUCGGUGGCCGAGGACCCUACAUCGGCGCGCCCGCGAUGACCUCUGCUGCGCCUGCACAGCAGCAGCAGCACUUCGGUUUGCAGCAAGGGGCAGGCUUGCAGCAACUGCGGUUUGUCGGCGUUCCCGGCGCCGGCCAGAUGGCAGGCCACCCACUUGAUGGCCUCAACGCGGCCCAGCUGAACCCACAGCUGACGCAGAGCCGGCUGCUGGCUGGCAUGCGUGCCAAUGCUGUCGGCAAUCCAGCUGCGGCUGCGGCAGCAGCAGCAGCAGCUGGCCAAAAUCCGCAGCUGCUACAGCAGCUGCAGCAACAGCAGCAGCAGCAGCAGCAACGACAGCAGCAACAGCAGCAGCAACAACAGCAACAGCAGCAGCAGCAGCAGCAGCAGCAGCAGCAGCAGCAGCAGUUUGCAGCAGCACAGCAGUUUGGAGCUGUCAACCUUGGAGGCAACACACUUGGCGGCCUGGCUAUGGCAGGCCAGCACCCGCUUGGCGGUCGUGUUGGGCAGCCAUCAGACAUCCUCAACCUCCUGCAGCAGGGUAACUUGAAGCAGGGCGGCCUCGGAGCCGUCAACCUCAAUGCCGCUCAGGCUGCACAGGGCCAGGCAGCUGCUGCUGCUGCGAUGCUAGCCAACCGUGGACUUGGCGGCGUUGGCGGCGGCUUUGGGGCCGGCGCCGCUGGCGCGCCCGGCGGCGCCGCAGGACUGGUCGGCCAGCUGCAGCAGGCCGCCGCAGCAGCUGCGAAUGCGGGCAUUGCAGGAGCAGGCGGGGGUGGCGGCGAGGGGGAUGCAGGGCCUUCAUUCGCGGCUGAUGAGUUUCCCGCUCUUGGCGCCGCAGCAGGGGCACGCCCCUCGGCAGGCGCUCCAGGCGCCAAAGUGGGCGACUCUUAUGCAUCCCUGGCGCUGCGGCGGCAGGCGGCAGGCCCGGGCGCAGUAGGAGUGGUGGGAGGCGGCGCCGGGGGUGCAGCAGCCAUUGGCGGUGGCACGCAAGCGAUUGACUUUUCUAUACAGAAUGAGAGCGACUUCCCGGCCCUUGGUGGCGGCGGAGGCGUGGGUGGCGUGGGCGGCGUGGGCGUCGGUGCGGGUGCGGGGGGCAUUGCAGCAGAUGCUGCAAAGCGCUUUGCUGGUGCCAUGGGCGUUGGUGUCCCUGAUGGCGGUGCUCCUGCAGUCUCCUUAGCAGCAGCUGGCGGCGCCCCCAAAGAUGGCAAGGAGGGCGGGCCUGGCGGCGGCGCCCUGGGCGGCGGGAGCGGCGCCGCGUCGGGAGGCGUGGCAGGGGGUGCAGCUGCGGCAAGCGACCGCUAUGGGCUGCUGGGUCUGCUGCAGGUGAUCCGCAUGACGGAUCAGGACCUGACGAUGCUGGCCCUGGGCACCGACCUCACCAGCCUCGGGCUCAACCUCAACAGCCCUGAACAGCUGUACAAGUCGAUGGUGUCACCCCUCAGCGACGCGCCCCUGCGGCGGGAGCCUGGAUUCGAGGUUCCUGCUUGCUACAAGCACACGCCGCCGCGCCUGCAGCCGGGCUACCUGGCCAAGUUCAAGGAGGAGACACUGUUCUACAUAUUUUACUCGAUGCCCCAAGAUGAGGCCCAGCUCAUUGCAGCGGAUGAGCUCUACAGUCGGGGAUGGUGGUGGCACAAAAAGUACCGCUGUUGGUUCAUCCAUGCGCCCAACUCGCCUGUGACCAAGGGCCCCAGCGGCAAUAGCGAGCGCGGCACGUACCUCUUCUUCGACAUCACCAUUUGGGACGUCGUGCAGAAGGCUGACGUGGAGGUGUUCUUUGAUGAGGUGGAGGUGCCCAGCCGCCUGCCCCGCCAAAAGAUGCCCAUCAAGUGA